AUGCCCUCCAGUGGGGACGAUGACAACCGCCCCCGUCGCCCGGGCAAGAAGAGCAAGAAGAAGCCCAAGACCAGGACCAAGACCAAGACCAAGACCAAAGGCGACGUUUCCCACUCGCCUGUUUCCAAUAUUGACCCUGGCGCGGCUGCCAGCGGCAAUGAAAGUAAAAACAACGGUGGAGAAAUCAAUCCCAACGCCAAGUCCGAGUCCUCCCACGAUCUGCCAGCGCAUCCGGCCAACGUCAUUGACUAUCAAGGCUUCCCCCACAUCAUUGAUCUGAUCCUCCAAAACCCCCAGACUUGGCCCGUGAUGCGACGCACCUGCAAGGCCCUGCGCGACCGUCUUCUCUACCGUCAUGUGGUCGUCACCCUGGUGCCGGUGCGUCUCCGCGGCUACUACGACAACCAGGUCGCAGUCAAAAAUGUACCUCGCACCAUUACUGUCACCGACCAGGCCACUGGUUUCCAAAUCCUCCCUUUUCAUCCUGAGUUUGGAGAGGACAGGAUCGAAGUAAUUCGACUGUUCUACGAUAAGGAAUCCUUUACCCAUCGCGUACAGACCACCGAGGACGAGCACAACUUGCCCGUGGGCGUGGUCUUCCCUUUCAACUUGCACAGCUCGUGGUUCAGAGGUCACAUUAACUGUGACAUUAUGUCAACGCCAGUCUGUUGCGCCAACACACUCGUCACCAACAUCUAUUACGCCGCUGAAAUCGGACCCAUUUUUGGGCCUGUCUGUCCGGGCCUGUUCCGCCACCAACAAGAUCUAGAAUUUGUGUGCGUCUUCCACUCGGCGGACGAGGCCCACAGGGUUGAUCUCGAUCACCCCUGCGAAAUACUCUUCAACCGGUCACCUGACGACUGGUGGGACCUCCUCGCCCAGCAAGUAUUCUUCCAGAUCCAUUAUGCGAUUUGGUACAGGGAAGACGACUACUCGACUCACAUCACCUUUGUCGACUUCCCUCCGAGUGAUGACAGCAGUGACACACCUUCGCGUGUCGACUUUUUCAAACUCGUCACAGACCACGUUACCGGAUGGGACUACAAUUGCACCGAUACCACCGACGACGAAGAGACCGAUGAAGUUGUUGACGUUCUCAAGAAAGCGACGUUUCUUACCAUGAGCGAGUACCAGGACAAGGUCGGCCUGGAUAUGUUCAGGCUUCAGACAAUCCCCUGGUAG